UCACCGGUAGCAUCCCCCCAUACAGCAACAUGAACUCCUCACCUCUCACUCCUCUCACAUCUUCUUCAUGGUCUUCAGUCGGCCAUGCCUCCGCUCCGGCUCGCUCUGUCCAAAAGCGGUCACCUCUCUCUACCAUCUCUCGCCGUGCUCGCUCUGCUCCCGACGGUAGUCCCACACCUGCUGGUGGUCCUGUCACCCCUGCUUGGGUUAUUCACACACUGCGCGACCUCAAGAUUGCCCUCAAGGCUGAGCAUUCACUCGUUUCAUAUGAAGCCUAUCCCAUAUCUAGGCUCAUUCCUGUCCCUCUCCCUUGUAAUUCAAAACAGGUUCCCGUGCCGCUUGUGGACCUCCCGCAAUAUGCCGGGACUCAUCAUUUCCUCGAGGACCUUCACUGCUUCUGCAGCGUGAAGGAUGGUGUCAACCACCCUGUCCGUAUCUUUAUUCCUGUAGGUGGAGAGCAUGCCGGGGAUGUUUGUAUUGGAUGCCGCCACUGGCGCCCUGCAGACAGGUGGAACGGCUGCUCAUUCUUUGUUAACAUUAGUCGCCUACCAAAUGUGGUUCAAGGGUGCCAUGACCAUCAAGAGUUCCCUCGCAACUUACCACUGGAAAGCUACAUGCAAGCCCCACCUUCAAAUCAACAGAUGUUGUAUAAUAACCCGCUGCGAGUCAUGUCGCCACAACCCCCUAUAUCUCCUCUCAGACUUGGCGCUCCCACCCAAAAAGGAUUAUCAUCUCGCAUUCCUGCAUCUGAUAUCUUCGGUCCCUUCAUUCUCGAACCUCAAGUGCCUAAGUUUAAGCAGGCUGCUCCACCUGUAUGUGAUAUCCUAAUGCCAGGGCUCGUUACAGAUGCCGCACGGCUGUAUACCCCGACACCUGUCGAAUUUGUGACCAAGAACAUCGAGGACCUUCCCCCCAUGGACGUUCAUGUCAAUACCGAUAACAUACUUCAACUCUGGAAUCCUCAAGGCCCCGGCCUUGGGUAUUGGGAGUUGAUGUGUAAUUUGGGUCAAUGCGUCGCCUGCGGUGGUUUAUAUGGAAUAUCGCUUCUUCGUGAUGGUGGAGGUGGACCCUUGCACAAUUGUACUGGUCGUCAUCAUUGCCCUGUCUCAGGCUCCUUGUCUCCGCCUUCAUAUACUCACUCUUCUCCUCCACCUCUCUUCACGGAGAUUGAUGGCAUCUUGGUUGAGGAUGGCCUGUCACCACCCGGACAGCCUCUUUCAGCUCAGGCUGGUCCAUCUCGACUCCCCGCUACUCCAGGACCCGCUCGCCCUCGCCGUCGCUAUCACCGUCAUCCCAUCUAUCAAGAUACCGCAUUUCCACCUUCUCCUCGCCGCUCUCAUCCCGCUCGUGUCCCGAAUAUGAUGCGGCAUUACAAUGCACACACCUCAUGCCAAUCCAGCAUCAUUGAUCUCACGAAGGAUUAAUAAUCCCAUCUGAAGUGAAGGUUUAGGACUCAUUGACUCCGACUGCAGGUAUCAUUCAUUUCUUGGACAUUCUUGAGUCUCUUGAUAUCUCCACAUUCCAUACGUGUCGCUGAUAUAUAUAUAUAGGCCUGUUCCCAUGCUCUUUGCAGAUGUACUAUUAUGCUUUUGGCGUUGAUGUUCUCACCACUGAAUGUCUGAUGUAGUCUUGUAUUUAAUUCCAAAAGUUAGCUGAGCGCACACAUCUGUACUUAGUCUACCUCAAAAUAUGAAGGCAUUUGCUUGCAUUGCCUGUCUAUGGAUGUAUAUCAUCGGAGGUUAGAUGCUUUGAAGUGUGAAUAACUUAGUAGACUUUCGUGAGGUUAAACACUUGGUAUGUCUCGUUAUAUCUUGAAUAUAACUAUUCAAUUUCUGGCCUCAUGUGAACUUCGAAAGGGUCUCUUUUGUCCCGUAUUCACUUUGUUUGGCUUAGAAUACAAUCCCCCAUUUUGA